CUCUUUCUCACAUCUCUCCCUGUCUAUUCCCAAUUUCAGCAUAAUCGCGGGCGUACUUGGUCAAUCUUGACUACGCGAAACAGUUAUAUACAAUGAUUCUUUCCUUCAUCUCCCACGUUAUUGCUGCCUGGUUUGCAUUCUUGAUUCCCGUCUUCGGGACAUUCAAAGCUCUCAAGCAUCGGCCUGUUUCCGAGCCAGAUCUCGAGCGCUGGACAAAAUACUGGUCUGUGGUCGGACUUAUCGUCUGUUUCGAAUAUCUGGGAGAAUGGGUUAUCUCGUGGGUGCCCUUCUACUGGGAAGCCAAGACAGCUUUCCUUCUCUUCCUCGCGCUUCCACAAACUCAGGGGUCGACCUACAUCUACGACACGUAUAUCCUCCCCUUCAUGACGCGCAAUGAAGCAGAAUUCGACGCUGACAUCGUAACGAUCCAGGGGAAUGUGUUCUCAUUUGCCUCAGUCAAAUUUGCCAUUGCAUGGAAUGCCCUUAUGGGCGCAGCAAACAAGAACGCCGCACAGCAGGGACAGCCCGGUGUCGCUCCCGCUGGAGCUCCUUCGAUGGGCGCUGCGCUGGACAUGUUCAGAGCUUACGCCCCCGCGAUCGCCAGCGCGCUUCGGCCCGCCUCUGCACCUGCAUCUGCGCCGGCAGCUGUGUCACCGUCGGUUUCUCCCUAUGCUUCGACCGCUUCAACCCCCAAUGCCGCCACUGAGGCUGCGCCUCCGUUCCCCGAGCCUCAACACGUAUCUUGAUUCAACCUGGAUAUGUGUGUACAUGCCACGUGUAUGUUGUUGUGUACAGAUCAGAACCCGCGGUGGCGCCUGAAGGCGCCUUCGACGUCUGUUCUGGUGUAAUCCAACGUAACUCCGCUAUCUCCGUAGCACUGGGUGAUGCGUUUCGCCGCUGUGUCGGUAAAUCGGAUAAGUUCGUCCUCGCAAGCCUUCCAGACACCGACGAGCACUGUUCCGG